AUGGCGCGCAUGGCAACUGAGUUAGCAGCUCGGAUAAGCAGAGCUCUAAUCACCGAGUCAAACAGCUCAAUCCCAACUCGAUCAUGGAGUCCAUCACUCGAGCAAACUCUACACAAAAUCGGUUGCCGCGAAUUGCUGAAUCCGUCACUCGUAGCCCGAGUCAUUGACCCACAUCUCUUGACUCACCACUCUCUUGCUCUGGGUUUCUUCAAUUGGGCCUCUCAACAACCCGGGUUCACUCACAAUUCACUUACUUACCAAUCAGUAUUCAAAUCUCUCUCUUUCUCCCGCCAAUUCAACGCUACCGAGUCACUGUUAAAGCAAGCCAAAGCUCAAAACCUGACUCUUGAUUCUUCAAGUUAUCGAUUUGUUAUCGAUUCUUUGAUUAAAAGAGGAAAAACCCAGGCGGCAUUUUCGGUUUUUAAUGAGAUUAAAUCACAAAGUUUAGACCUUGGGACUGAUUCAAGUAACUCUCUUUUGUCUGCAUUGGGGUCUGAUGGGUGUUUUGACAAUGCAAUGAAGGUGUUCGUGGAAAUGACUACGAGAGGUACUGCUUUUAGUACUAUCGGGUUUGGAGUGUUUAUAUGGAGGCUUUGUAGAAAUGGUGAUUUGGGUGAAGUUUUGCGCUUGAUAGAUGAGGCUAGAAGGGGGAAUUCGAUGAUUAACGGAUCGGUUAUUGCGGUUUUGAUUGUUCAUGGACUUUGUGAGGGUUCAAGAACAAGUGAGGCUUUGUGGGCAUUGAGUGAGUUGAGAAUUAGGGGAUGGAAACCUGAUUUUAUUGCAUACAGGGUCGUUGCUGAAGCUUUUAGAUCGCUUGGAAGCGUGUUUGAUGUAAAUGAGGUUUUGAAGAUGAAAAGGAAGUUAGGAGUGGCGCCAAGGAGUAAUGAUUACAGAGAGUUUAUUUUGGGUUUGAUUACGGAAAGACGGAUAUAUGAAGCAAAAGAAUUAGCCAAAGUUAUUGCAAGUGGCAACUUUCCUAUCGAAGAUGAUGUUUUGAAUGCUCUGAUAGGAUCAGUGUCGAGCAUUGAUCCUUAUUCAGCAAUGGAGUUUUUUCAUUUUGUCAUUGGAAAAGGGAAGAUCCCAACGCUUUUAACAUUGAGCAAUUUGAGUAGGAACCUAUGUAAGCAUGGGAAGAUUGAUGAGCUGUUGGAGGUAUACCGCGUUUUGUCUUCUAAUGAAUAUUUCUCUGACAUCGAGAGUUACAAUGUGAUGUUUUUGUUCUUAUGCAAGGCCGGAAGAGUGAGAGAGGCUUAUGAGGUGCUUCAGGAGAUGAGAAAGAAAGGGUUAGGCCCAGAUAUCUCAAUGUAUAAUUCCCUAAUCGAAGUGUUAUGUAGAGAAGAUCUGUUGCGUCCUGCUAAAAGGCUUUGGGACGAAAUGUUUGUAAUCGGAUGCGGAGGGAACUUGAAAACUUAUAAUAUUCUCAUUGGGAAAUUUUCAGAAAUAGGUCAAGUUGACGAGGCUAUGGGGCUUUUCAAUCACAUGUUGGAGAAAAGGGUGACACCUGAUGCUACAACUCACACAUCCCUCCUUGAAGCCCUUUGUCAAGAAACAAAGUUUGAAACUGCAGUUGAAGUCUUCAACAAGUAUGCGAGUCACGAUAUAGUGAUUGCACAAAGUAUAUUGAAGACAUUGAUUCUUAACUUCUGUGGAAAAGGUCAAUUCCUUGUCGCAUCUAAGUUUCUGUGUAGCCUCACUCAUGAAGGAGGUCAUUCAGAUGCCCAUGUUGUUUUGUUAAAAUGUUUAGCCGACUCUAAAGAGAUUCCAAUUGCGGUUGAACAUGUAAAACAAAUAGGAGGCACCCACCACUUUGUUGCCAAGCCUCCUUUCACUUGCACGCUCAUUGGAAAUAUCUCCAUUGUCAAGGAGCUGUAUAAUUGUCGCGUUGACAUCGUGACGUCCAGACAUCCAUGCCUCAAUAGCCAGUGCCUCUCUAUCAUCAGGGCCGCCCAAGAAGAGAACAGCAAUCUGAUAAAAGACCAGCUUUCCAAGCCAGGCCUUGAAGUAUUCAGGAGUCCACGGUCAACAAGGAUGACAACAGAGAAGGGGUGCCUUGUCGUCAGGGACAUUACUGCUUGUAGUCUUGGUAGCCUUUCUUUGAGAAGCCACUUCACCAUUGGCUAG